CCAGAAACCGCCCUAUCCGUUCUCGUUCAGGUUUGAACAGGCAGUGCGGAGGCCGUUCCGCGUGGAGUGCUAAGGACCGCAAUCAUGGUGCGCAAGUUGAAGUUCCACGAGCAGAAGCUGCUGAAGAAGGUGGACUUCAUCUCCUGGGAGGUGGACGGGAAUCUGAAGGAGCUGAAGGUGCUCCGCCGAUAUCGCAUCCAGCGGAGGGAGGACUACACCAUGUACAAUAAACUGAGCAGAGAAGUCCGUGAAUUGGCACGCAAGAUCCGAGACUUGGAUGCGAAAGAUGCCUUCCGAGCCAAGAGCACCGGACAGUUGCUGGAAAAGCUAUAUUCAUUGGGCUUGAUCCCCACAAAGCAGGGUCUGCACCUCUGUGAGAAAGUCUCAGCAUCAUCAUUUUGCAGGAGACGUCUCCCCACAAUAAUGGUAAAGCUGCGUAUGGCCCAGAACCUGAGAACAGCAAUUACUUUCAUUGAGCAAGGACAUAUACGAAUUGGACCAGAAGUUGUAACUGAUCCAGCGUUCCUAGUGACAAGAAAUAUGGAAGACUUCAUAACUUGGGUGGACUCUUCAAAGAUCAAACAACAUGUAAUGGAGUAUAAUGAAGAGAGAGAUGACUUUGACCUGGUUGUCUAGCUGAACUUCCUUUGCCCUGACUUCCCUCUGCAUUACUUUAAGAGAAGUGAAUCCAGCCCUCGUGACACAACCUGUUCCAGUUGCUACCAUUGAUAAGAGCUAGUGACAGGAGCUUGUUAUCAUGAACUGUUGGCUAAUUCUGUUGUACACCUCCCACAAUAAGUGUUUGUUUCAUCGUUAAAAUAUUCUGGGCAUUGUAAUAUAUUUUAUUAAACUAUUCUGACUUAACAA